CUUGUUGUGCAGCUUUGUUGGAGAUUUCAAAUAUAACAUAUAAAUAUUAAAAACAUUCGCUCAAAAUAUAUAAUGAAAUCAUUAAGACAUAUUCACUUCUGUUAGUAAUAUGCAGUAAAGUGUUUAAGGGGAUGAGUGAUUCCGAUGAUACUGAUAUUUUAUUGCUAAUACCGCCUAAUUAUUAUUUAACUACUGCUGAAGAAAGAAUAGCACAACAGGAAUUGCAAGAAGCUAAGGCGAAACAAUACACCAGUUUACAGGAGCUGAACGCUUUAGAGCGUCAAUUUAGGUGCAGAUUUCGUAGGAAUUUAUCCAGAGAUUUUCAGGCCAUGGAUCUGGCUAAUACCGAUCUCGACAGUCUGGCUAUGCCACCACCUGCACCUCCACCAACAACAGCUGCUUAUCAAUUCUUAUCGACCAAUCGGAAAGCCGAGCUUAACAAUAUCAAUACCCAUUUGCAUAACAUGGAGCACGAAAGAGGAGGUAAUUUGGAAAAUCCUUCGGAUAUAUCAAGUAUAUCAACGUGUACUGUUCUUACACAAUUCGGCCAUAGCAAAGCGAACCGUGACUCUGGUGUAGGUAUAAUACAUUCUACGCCAAAAUGUAAUAGCUCCGUUGUGGAAGAUUUUAAAAGUCAAAAUAAUAAUGCGAAUGUAUACAAAGAUUAUCCAGCAGAAGAGGUUCUAAUGGAUAUUGAUAAGUUCCUUUCGGGCGAAAGAGCAGAUGUGGAGAAUCCGUAUAAUGGACUAAAACCUCAAAAUGACGACCUUAGGCAAUCACUACAAACGGACCACCUACUAAAUCAAUCAAAAUCUUUGCCUUCUGCCGUAAUCCACGAAAGGGUACAGAACUUUAAUUGUUCUCAAAUGUCCAAAAUGAACGAUAAUUUAAUUAGUUUAAGUGAAAUUUGGGGUAAAAAUGGUCAAGCCACUGCAAUAGCUAUACCUGCCCAACAGUCUCUAAAAGAAGAACAGUUAAGGCGACAACAUUUAGAGAAGAUGGUUCGACAAUUACAGGCAAGUAUACUAGAAUAUCAACAACGGUUGUCAGUAGCUGUAGAAGUUGAUCGAGCCAAGGAUAGCGCUUUAAACGACGCGCAAAGGGGAAACCAAAAUUUAACGCAAGAUCUUCAACAAAUGCGACAGAAUUUGCAAAUUGCGGAGCUACAGCGUAAGCAGCACGAAGAGAAAAUGGACGGUUUACAGAAAGAGCUGGCACAAGCAGUGAGUUUGGCCACAAAAUUUCAAGAAAAAACUGAAAAACUAGAAAAUGAAUUGACGAAUUGUUCUAGAAAAACGAAUGAAUCUCAUGUCCAGUUCAAACAGCAAAUUGAGGAGUUGGAAAUCAAAAUCCAUGCUUGUCAACGUUCCGAAGAGCUAGCGAUUAACGAAUUGCAUAAAAUAAAGGAUAAGUAUGCCAAGUCCGAACAUUUAUAUGAAAAAACAAAACUGCGUUAUGAUGAAUUGGAAAGAGAAAUCUCCACGUUACGGCAUCAGAAGGAAGUAUUGCAAGAUGUACAACAAAAACAAAAGUCACGAGCUGACCUGUUCGAAAAUCAAAAGAAAUCAUUACAAGAUGCAGUUAAUCGUUUAACUGAAGCGGAAGCUUCACUUAAGCGUAAAAUGGAUUUACAGCAGAAAACAUUAAAGUCACAUUACCAACAACAAUUAGAAACUGUUGUGACACAGAAAUUGAGAGAGUUUCAAGAGCAAUUAGAUAAAACCGAAGAUAGUUUAAAAGCCGAGGCCAAAGAACGUGAACGUUUAAUAGCCGAGCGCGCAGUUAAGCAAUUGGAAUUAAUUAAUGAAAAAAAUGAACAGGAGUUGAAUUUAUUGCAAGAAAAACAUCAUGAAGAAGUUGAAUUGUAUCGUAUACAGUUGGCUAACGCUUCAAAAAAAAUCGACGAACUCGAAAUGAAAUUGAAUUUGUACAAAUCAAAAAGAGCUGACAUUGCUGAGAAGCUGCACAACGUUAUGGAAACGCAGUGGCAAAAGGCUUUAGAAAUAUUAACAUCGCCAACUCAGUCGAAAAUGUCUGAAUCGGAUACAGAUUCUCCAGAGAGCAAUGAUACAAAUAGGCCAGUGAAUCAUGCUUACAAUGAAUGUACACCGAAAUCAAGUAGAAAAGAGAAUAAUUUAAAUGUACAAAAUAACAAAGCGCCCACAUUAUCGCCCAUGGACAGAUUGCAAGCUUAUAUUGAAUUGCUUCUUAGCAAAUCACCGAGUGACUUUGACAAACUGGACGAAAUUCUGGCUUUAACAACAAAAGCCAAACAAGCUAAAGAGAAAAUGGAGAAGAAUGCUAAACGCCAUUGUCAUAACAAGCCGCCAUGGAAAGCAUAAUGGGAAAGAGAAGUAUUAUUAUAUUUAUUAUAACA